ACCCAAACCCCGACCAAACCCAACGUCCCAAAAAAGCCCCAGCCUUAAACCCCGGCCCAACCGCGACUGGACCACUCCACCCAUUCCCAGCCGUUGCCGACCCCCAAAUCGCCCAACCCAGUUCCACCUCGUUCGUUUCUUCUCUCGAUUUCGAUUCGAUUCUAUUCGAAAAAGGAAAGGAAAUGCUCGACCGAUCCCACAAGCCGCAGCAGCAGGCGGAGGCCGGCAACGGCGGGGCGGCCGGCGGCGGGAACGUGGAUCGGGUGCUGUUCAAGGACCUAGUCGAGAUGGUGCCGCUCGUCGAGUCGCUCAUGCAGGAUCGGAGGGUGAACCCAUCCUACUCGCGGCGCGCGUCGCUGGUCUACACGCCGGCGCCGGCCAAGAAGGCAAGCGAUUUGAAAAGUGUGAAGACACCGCAAAGUGUAUCCGUGAAAAAGCGGAGAGAUCCUGGAGACGCAGCCAAGAAGGGUACUCCAGAUUCCAAUGGUGAAAACGGCCCAGUUGCGUCAACGUGUCUGUCGGGACCUGAAAAUAAACCCAAGGAUAAAUAUGAGAUGACCGUGCUGCGCGAGCAGAUUGAUGAGCUGCAAAAGAAACUGCUUGAGAAGGAGGAGGCGCUGAGGUCUGCGGAGAGCUCGGUGAGUGAGAUGAAUGUGGCAUAUUCGACCAUCGAUGAGCUGAGGCGCCAGGUUGCUGAGAAAGAAGCUUUGAUCAGAUCUACCAAUUCUCAGUUGCAUGAUGCCAAGAUUAUGCUUGCGGACAAACAAGCAUCUGUAGAGAAACUUGAAUGGGAAGUAAAGAUGUCAAAUAAGAAAGUCGAAGAUCUUCAAGGAGAUGUGUCCAAUAUGGAAUUCGAGAUAAGUUCAUUGAUGGCAUUAUUCGAAAAAGUUUCUGAGAAUGUUUCAGGUGACUCUUAUGAUGGUAGUAUACCAUCAUCAUAUGAAUUAGAGGCACUCCAAUCAAUGAGCGAAAUCGACAAGAUUGAGCUUGAGAAGAUAGAGCAGGAAAGGACUACAUAUGCUGAAGCUCUUGCGGCAGCAAGAGAGAACCCUAACGAGGAGCACUUAAAUUUAGCUGCGGAGGCACGAUCAAGGCUGCAGGUCCUUGUGCUAUAGUGCGAGAAGCGCCCCUUCUAAUUAUAGUGUAUGUAUGAUAAUGUUGAACUGCUGAUGUAACUGUACGUGUUGGCUUGAGUCGAGGUGGUGUGUGAAAUCGUUGUGGUUGUAAUGGAAGCACCGGAAACUGACAGUCAUUUCAUGUUGUAAUCAUAUUUAUUCGGUCCUGAGCCCUGCAUUGUUGAUCA